AUGGCUGAGAACAAAAGAAAAGCGGCUCUCAAAGCCGAGAUAACUAACAUGGCUGACGAAGCCACAUAUGGUGAAAUUUAUAAUGCAGGACCUGGGGAGUACUUUAAACCAAAACCCCAUGACGAACAGAAAAAUGGCUCUUUAAGAGUAUGUAUAGAUUUUCGUGACCUAAAUACAGCAAAUCCUAAAGAUGAGUAUCCAAUGCCUGUGGCAGAGAUGCUGGUUGACUCAGCUGCAGGCCAUGAAUAUCUUAGCAUGCUUGAUGGAUAUUCUGGCUAUAACCAGAUUUUCAUUGCUGAAGAGGAUGUUUCCAAAACAGCCUUUCGAUGUCCAGGGGAAAUAGGAACUUAUGAGUGGAUAGUUAUGCCAUUUGGUUUAAAAAAUGUUGGGGCAACAUACCAGCGAGCAAUGAAUUCUAUAUUCCAUGAUUAUAUAGAGACAUUUAUGCAGGCUGGAGAUUUUCUGGGCUUUGUGGUCCAUAAAAAGGGGAUAGAAGUCAAUCAGAAUAAGAUGAAGGAUAUUAUGGAGACCAAAGCACCAUUAACUAAGAAAGAAUUGCAAUCAUUAUUAGGAAAGAUAAACUUCCUGAGAAGAUUCAUCUCAAACUUAAGUGGUCGAACUCAAGCCUUCUCUCCCCCCGUACGCCUGAAACAAGGGAAGUUCGAAUGGAAUGAUGAACAUCAAAAGGCAUUCGACAAGAUCAAGCAUUAUCUGACGAAUCCUCCUAUCUUGGCACCACCAUGUGGAAAGAAGCCUAUGAGAUUGUAUAUAUCAGCUUCCGACACUACUAUAGAAACUAGAUACACUUCAAUAGAAAAGUUGUGUCUUUGUUUGCAUUUCUCUUGUACUAAACUUAAGUAUUAUAUAAAACCUAUUGAUUUAUACGUCUCUUCACACUUUGAUGUCAUUAAGUAUAUGUUAUCGAAGCCAAUAAUGCACAGUCGAAUUGGCAAAUGGGCAUUAGCCCUCACUGAAUACUCUUUAGCCUUUAUGCCUUUAAGAGCAAUGAAGGUACAAAUAGUAUCAGACUUUAUUGUAGACCAUGCAGUGGUCGAAAGUCCUCAACUUCAAGUUGAGUUAAAACCUUGGAGAUUAUUCGUCGAUGGUUUCACUCAUAAGGAUGGAAGUGGAGUUGGGAUCAUGAUAAUUUCUCCUGAUGGAAUUCCAACAAAACUCAAAUAUAGAAUCGAAGGUCCCCUUUGUUCUAACAACGAAGUAGAAUAUGAAGCCCUUAUUGCAGGACUUAAGGCUUUGUUGGAAUUGUGGGCAACUAGGGUCGAAAUUAAAGGAGACUCAGAAUUAGUAAUUAAGCAACUAACGAAGGAGUACAAAUGUAUAAAAGAAAAUUUGAUUAUGUAUUUCGUCAUUGCAAAUAGGUUGCUCAAUUUUUUUGAAUAUAUAGACAUAAAACAUGUUCCUAGAAUAAAAAACCAAGAAGCUAAUGACUUAGCAAAAAUAGCUUCAGGGUAUAGAAUUUCAAAAGAGAAGCUAGAGGAACUUGUCGAAGUAAGAGGAAAAUCAAUGGCUUCCAGAUUGUCUCCGACAGAUUUGGAAAACACUCAGUUAGGAUAUGCUAACAAAGAAGAGUUCGAAGUAUUGGCCAUUGAUACCUUAAUGGGUACAGAUUGGAGGAAUCCAAUUAUUAAUUAUCUCAAGGACCCUUCGAUAGAUACAGAAAGAAAAACCAAGUACAGGGCUUUAUCUUAUGUUUUGAUGGGGAAUGAAUUAUUCAAGAAAACCCCUGAAGGGAUCCUGUUGAAAUGUUUAGGAGAAAACGGGGCGUACUUAGCAUUAUCUAGUGUACAUAGUGGAGCCUGUGGAGCACACCAGGUAGGCCAGAAGAUGAAAUGGUUGCUUUUAAGAUAUGGAAUGUAUUGGCCCACCAUGUUAAAAGAUUGUAUAGAGUUUGCUAAGGGUUGCCAAGAAUGUCAAGUACAUGCAGGAAUUCAACAUGCUCCUGCAAGUGAGCUUCAUGCAAUUAUCAAGCCUUGGCCGUUCAGAGGUUGGGCAUUAGAUCUAAUUGGGGAAAUUCGACCUACUUCAUCCAAAGGUCAAAAGUACAUCCUUGUAGGAAUUGACUAUUUCACUAAAUGGGUCGAAGCAGUAUCUUUAGUAAAUGUGUAUCAAGAAACUGUCAUUGAAUUCAUUCAAAGUAUUACCUGUCGAAAUCUACUUGCAAUCAGUGAGAAUCCAAAGACAAGGAGAAAUUCCAUAUGA